GUCCACAGUGAGAAGAACCUUGCUGUCCAAUCAAGAAAUACGUCCAUCAUGGAAGCACAUACGCAUGUCUGGGAGGAAUGGUAGACAAAUACCCAUCGGCCCCGCCUUCCCCGUCCCCUGGCACACAGCACACAGCAGAGAUGCUUCACUCGGAUGAUGCGAGUGGUCGUCUUCCGGGAUCGGUGGUGCGGUCUAAGUGACUCUCUUUUCGACUUGAUGACGAAAGAGAGCCAGUAGACCCACAACAAGGAUCCACGAAGACAGCCACUCAUUGCAUUGCACAGGUCAUACAUACGUGCUCACAGACACAGACACAUUCCCCCAGCCAGCCACCCUCAUCUCCCGAACCCCACGGGCAGGCCCAUGGCAUGCAUCAUCUUCUCUUCUUCUGUCAUCUGCGGCCCACGACGCUGCUGAUUGUCGCUCUCUAUCUGCGCCUUGCUCGCGCCACUCGACUCCACCUCACACACUGCCGACACAUCCACAUCUCGUUUGGACUUCUUGGACUUCGGGCGACCACCCUGGUAGUCGAAAGCGUCCGGGACAUUCUCGCGUCUGGCACUCUCUGCCGGCUCCGUCACGGUGUCGGCGGCGGUGGGUGCCUCGGCUUCUUGAUCUGCUGCGGCAGUUGUGUCUUCGUCUGGUCGGUCGCUGUCAUCUCUCGGACGUUUUCGGUCCCGCGAGGGCUCUUUGUGUUCGUCUUUGUGUUCGUCGCGCUUCUUCCACAAACCAGAAGAGUCCCUCUCCAUCUUAUGCGGCCUCCUGCAGCAGAAGCAUCGAGCAGCACACGCUGUCAGAUGGUGUCUGAGUCUGUUCUCGCGUUUGCGUUUCAGUGGUCACCUCAGCUACCUGUCUGGGAUGGCAUCGCCCCUUGUGUCCUUGGCCGCCCUAUCAGGAAGCUCAUCUUGCUCCUGCUCUGACCGUGGGACCUCUACAACCGCAUGGACACCGUUCGUGAAUGUCGGAUGUGAGUGCACACGAUGCGUCGAGCCUACCUGGAUCCCUUGCUCUCUCGAACCUCGGCAUUUCCCUCAGUGCUUUUC